AUGGAACUUGUUACUAUUCAUCGAGAAAAUUCGUACAAAUUUCUUGAAGAUAUUUCAUCUCGUGCAGUUGCUCUUUUUAAAAAUCCUUCUUUUAUCAAGGAUAUUGGUGCUAGAAUAUGUGCACGUGUCUUUGGCGAACACAAAAUAGUUGAUAAAGAAAUUGAAGAAUUUGCUAAUUCUGCAAUGAUGAACCUACGUACUCGUCUUAUAGUGAAUGGUCUUGUGUCUUUUGAUUCUUGUAUGGAGUCAAAUAUUGAACUUGAUCCACGUGAAAUUCAUAUCAAUGGUGAAACUUAG